UUUGGUAACCGGUUGGGGUGGCUGAGAACGUAAUGUUCGCCUUUAACAAUUUAUUAUAAUAAACUUUUACUUAUAGUUUACUAAUACUUUUUACAUUUAGGAUGUCUCCCUCAGCUGACGGUAACCAAGCUACGGUGAGACAGAUGUUAAGGGAAGUGCUGGUGAGUCGGGAAGAUCCGGAGGGCUUCUUCGCGAAGUGCGUGUCCGUCCUGGGGCACCAAGAGACCCGCACACAGUUUCUGUCCAUCAUCAAGCCGCUGUCCACCGCCAACACCCGGUUGUACUCCGUCCUCAGCUCCCUCUACCAGGAAUAUUUCUCACAGGUCAGCGAGGACAGUGAGCUGGAACUUGCUUUGGCUCUCUCUCUUCUGGAAAUGGAAGAUCACCAGACGUCAACCCCUAACCAACUGCCCCACCAGCCUGGAGUCAGAGACAAUCAAAGCAGUGUUCUUCUUAAUUCAAAACCAAAGUCUCAGGGAAAAAAUUGCACCCAACAAGAAGAUGCACCUGGCAGAGGAAAAAACGACCUCCCAGCACAGUCAAGAUCCAGAAGUAAGGAAACCUUCCCAGAGGCAGAGGCUCAUAAAAGUUUGCAUAUUGAAAGUGGUGAUAACCAAUCACUUGGAACAAGUCAGACUCUUUAUGUUCCAGUAUCAUCUGCCUCGUUUACCAUUCCAAACACAGCACCUAUAUGUGAGCAAAACAUGAAGGAAGGAGAUGUGAAUUUAUCAGUGAAACCAAGACAUCCUAAAAAUAGGCGGCAGCGGCGAAAAGCGGCUAUACAACAGAUUGUAGGUUUAACCCGUUCUCCAUCAGCACCACCACCUGUUUUACUUUGGUUCAGGAGAGAUCUUAGACUUUGUGACAACCCUGCUCUCAUCAGAUCUCUGGAGCUAGGUGCACCUGUCAUCCCUGUCUUUAUUUGGAGUCCUGAAGAGGAGGAGGGUCCAGGGGUCACUGUGGCAAUGGGGGGAGCUUGUAAAUACUGGCUUCAUCAGGCUUUGUCUUGCUUUUGUGCAUCCCUGGAGAGGAUCGGCAGUCAUCUCGUCUUCCUCAAGGCCAGCGGAGAGGGGAACGAGGUUGGAUCUUCUCUGCAAACACUGAAAGUGUUAGCAAAGGAGACCGGGGCACAAACUUUGAUGGCUAAUGCUUUGUAUGAACCAUGGCUGAAGGAGAGGGAUGAUGUGGUCUUCUCAUCCCUGCAGAAAGAAGGCUUUGAAUGCAAGAUGUUUCACUCGUACUGUCUCAGAAAUCCUUUUUCUGUCAGCACGGAGGGUGUGGGACUCAGAGGAAUAGGUUCAGUGUCUCAUUUCAUGAGCUGCUGCAGACAGAACCCAGGGGCUGCUGUAGGGGUUCCCCUGGACCCACCAGUGUCUCUUCCCUCACCUGCCCAUUGGCCACAAGGGGUCCCUUUGAAUGCACUCGGCCUCGCACUCAUGCCACGCAGGAAGGAUGGCACAAUUAUUGACUGGGCAGCAAACAUUCGCAAGUCCUGGGACAUUAGUGAAGAUGGAGCACACGCCCGACUGGAAGCCUUUCUCCAUGAUGGCGUGUAUAGGUAUGAAAAAGAGUCAGGCAGGGCAGAUGCUCCGAACACCAGCUGCCUGUCUCCCUACCUGCACGUUGGUCAGCUCAGUCCACGCUGGCUUCUGUGGGAUGCCAAAGGAGCACGGUGUCGACCUCCCAAGUUCCAACGCAAACUGGCGUGGAGGGAUUUGGCUUACUGGCAGCUGACACUGUUUCCUGACCUUCCUUGGGAAUCCCUCAGACCUCCAUACAAGGCUUUGCGUUGGAGCAUUGAUCGCAGCCAUCUGAAGGCUUGGCAGAAAGGUAAAACGGGCUACCCUCUGGUCGACGCAGCCAUGAGGCAGCUGUGGCUGACGGGCUGGAUGAACAACUACAUGCGACAUGUGGUGGCAUCUUUUCUUAUUGCAUAUCUCCAUCUGCCAUGGCAAGAGGGCUAUCGCUGGUUCCAGGACACCCUGGUGGAUGCAGAUGUUGCUAUAGAUGCUAUGAUGUGGCAGAAUGGCGGCAUGUGCGGCCUGGAUCACUGGAACUUUGUCAUGCAUCCAGUUGAUGCAGCGAUGACCUGUGACCCGUAUGGCAGCUAUGUCAGGGAAUGGUGUCCCGAGCUUGCAGAUUUGCCAGAUGAGCUCAUUCACAAACCCUGGAAAUGUCCUGCAUCCAUGCUUCGGAGAACAGGUGUGGUGUUGGGCCAGACGUAUCCUGAACGAAUAGUUACCGAUUUAGAGGAGCGGAGGAGCAAAUCUCUACAAGAUGUAGCUCUGGUGCGCAAGCAGUUUCCACAGUAUGUUGACAAGCGCUCAGGCUGUGACUUGGUACCUUUGCCCAGACGCCUGGUGUCUGAGGCACUGGGUUUGUCCCAUUGGGACGGGGUUGUGUUGACAGAAGAAAAACAGUUCCUGCUGCCAGUUAUCACCCGCAUGGAAUUCAAACACCAGCUAGAAGACCCAGAUGCAGACGCAGCGUCAAACCCUUACAACGCUGUCCUAAAAGGAUACGUGAGCCGCAAGAGGGACGAGACCAUCGCCUUCCUUAAUGAGAGAGACUUUACGGCUAGUGUGAUGUACGAGGGAACACAGAGACAGGAGAGGCUAGAAAAGGAUUAUCGCAGAAUGGAGGGGCUCCAUCCGUCUCCUUCCCCCCGCAGAAGGGUCAGAAGGACUCCAACAGCCAAGGACAAAUUCUCUAUUGUACCUAGUGGUGCCUUCACUUCAAUGCGCUGAACCAGAGAUCAGCAAGAAAAAACAUAAAGGAUCAAAGUUCUAAGAUUGUAACAUGUUUAAACACUGUAACCUAGAGAUUUAGUUUACUUUGUUUGGUUUUUAAAAGGUUUAUUGGGUGGUUUAUUUUAAUAGUGAACAGGUAUCUCCAGAUGUAUCUCAUGUUAAGAGCUUCCGUCAGUCUGUAUUCACACAAACAUGUUGGAGAAAUAUUAUCUGCUGAGACAGCAGUAGCUCUACUUAUUCUACUCCAAAAUCCUGAAUUUACAGCACCUUGCAAAAGAAUUCAUACUGAUAAAACUUUUUUCACAUUAAAACCACAAAGUUCACAGUACUUUAUUGGAAUUUUGUGAUACAUCAGCACAAAGUAGUGCAUUAAUCAUAAGGUGAAAGGAAAAUGAUGCAUAGUUUUAGAAAUAUUUCAGGAAUAAAUAUCUGAGGUGUUGUGGAUUGUUCUUCAUCCCUCUGAAUCAAAACUUUUUAGAACCAUUUAAAGCUCAACAUGUAAUUUGUGGAAAGCUUUGCAUAUUAAGAGACUGAGAUUUGAGCUCCUUGUAAAAUAAGUGAACAUGAAUGUUUAGGUUGCCAGAUUCUUAAUUGGAUUUAGGGUUGGACUUUGACUAGCCCAUUUUAACAUAUGAAUAUGCUGUGAUCUAAUCCAUUCCACUGCAGUUCUUGCUGUAUAUUUAGACUUAUUGUUCUGGUACACCUCCGCCCACACUGAAGUCUAUUGUAGCCUCCGACAGGUUUUCUUCCAGGACUAGCACUCACUUUCCCACCAAUUCUAACCAGCUUCUCAGUCACUGCACCCAUAGUAUGAAGCUCCCGCCACCAUUUUCCACCCCGAGGAUGGUGUGUUGAGAGUGAUGUACACUGUCCACCACACAUAACAUUGUUCAUAUUGACCAAAGUUCAGGUUUGGUCACAUCACCUUCUUCCACCUGCUGCCUGGCUUUCUUUUCACCAUUCUUCCAUAAAGGCCAUAUUUUUGGAAUGCACAACCAUGUCCCCACCGGAGUUAAGAAUCGCUGCUGCUCUUCCAAAGUUACCAUGGCCCUCUUUGUUGCUUCUCUGAUUAAUGCUGGCCAUGUACUGGUAGUUUGAUGUUAUGCCAGGAAGGUGAACAGUGCUGUGUGAUAUAUUGAAAGCUUUUGACAUCGUUUGAUAAACAAAUGGUAACUUUGCACUAAAUAAAGAUGGCAAAGCCUAGGACGCAGUUAUGGGACAAAGUUUGAGAUACAUUUAGUAUUUUUUCCUCUUUCUAGUGAAAUCACAGGAAGAAUUGGUUUUAUAUAUGUAUGCUUGUUAUAAUUUGAUGUUGAAGUCUGGAUAUAAUGAGUAUUGAAGCCACAAUGACAAAUGAAUAUACUGUAUAUAUAUAUAAACUAUAAACUAAUUAUUUUAUCUAUAACAUACAGUCUGUAAGAAGGGAAAUAAAUUUUGCACAAACUGAA